AGAAACGGAGGCUGUGAUAACAGUGGUGCCUGACUGUGUCAGUCAGUGUAUAGUUUGCCCGGGUAGAGUCAUCAUGGGUACCACCCGACUGCUUCUACUUCUCCUGGUAUGGUGGAGCGGAAACAGAGGCCAUUGCCAGACGGUGGAUAUCACACGAGUAUCAUCGUACUACUUCGAGUUGUCCUGGCACCGUAGCAACGACUGGUUUGGCGUUACUGAUUACGAAGUUGUUAUUGCACCUCAAGACCCUUCCCAGAUAAACUGUAAUGUGACUAUAAUGUGUAAUGAGCCGGAAGCCUGCAACUUCAACAGCUCGAAGUGUGGCCUCUUGAACGCCUGCAGCAGUGUGAACUUCGCCGUCACUGGCGGAGACUACACAGUUAGUGACGUCUUAUUUACAGACUUGGUGCUGAUCGUGGAUAAAUUAACGCUGACGCCUGGUUGCGGAGAGAUAACAGCAACGUGGUCUUACAACCACGUGUGCUGGGCAGCAACCCACUUCAUUUUGAAGAUAGCAUCCCCUUUGAACUAUUUCUCCACGAAGGAUACAAGCGUCACAUCUCAUGUCUUCAAAGAUCUGAAUUUGGGCGAGUAUUACACUGUGAGCGUCAUUCCCUUAGAUAAGGACAAUUUCCCCGUGGGAUAUGAAAUUGGCAAAAAUGUCUACACUCUUAAAGAGCGCAUAAGUAACUUAGUGACGGAAGCGCAGUGUCCCUGCGCCAUCUACGUCAGCUGGGAACCUUCAACUUGUUGCACCAAUCAAACCUUGUACACAGUAACACUCCAGGAUUACCAUUUUAUAAACACUAGCGAUGUCAGCAGAAACACCAGCUACAAGUUUGAGGACCUGAUUGUGGACGAACAAUACCGUGUGUGUGUUACUGUUAGUGGAAAGGAUUCCAAGGAGUGUGUAUACGUUGAUACGGUUCUGCCAGGUCCUGAUGUGGGGGUGCAGAAAGGCCCAGGUGACACCCUAAUUGUUACCAUAGGGACUAGCUAUUGGUGUUACGACUGUGCAUACAACGUGUCUUGGGGCCCCAACCUUGAGAACUUUAUCAUCACUACGGACCAACAGAACAGUAUCGAUACGUACAACACCAGCGCGGAGGAACUUAGAGUUUGUGCAUCGAUUAUUAGCAUGGACGAUGGCAGAUUCAGCUGCAUGGUCUGCAGAGAUAAUUCUUCCCUUCCAACUACUGCUCCCAGUCACCGUUCAGACAACGUGAUCAUAAUUGUGUGUAGUGUGUCGGCAGGAGUCCUAGUGCUUGGUCUUGUGAUCGGUGGCAUCAUCUGGUUACAACAAAAAAACAAACAUCCCAGUGGUGUCACUCAGGCCAGUGGUCCCGCUCCGGAUAACAUUCAUCAUAUUUAGAUCCACUGCACUUUGAUACAUACGGGAAAACUUAAUUAGUGUCAGACCACUUUUGUAGGGCUCACCUUCACUUUUUUUGUGUCAUUUCGGUGUGGCACGAAUUUUGAAAGUUUCCUAUUAUUUUCUACUGAAAAUCUGGGAGUGCCAUAUUUAUCUCUGUGAGUAGGAGACGUUCUUACAGACCACAAGAAUUUUCUGACCUAAGGUCUACAGCAUCAACAAUGUAAUAUAGGCAGUGGUGUUAAUACACCUGCGCAAAAAACUAGUUUAAUUAUUGAUCAUCUAGACUAUUGUUUAUCAUAAAGUCCCGUGUGCAUCACCAUUACUGUAUAUAACAUUAAUGCUAUUGUUCAGUCUUAAAUUCUGACUACGAAUUCUUUUAUUUCCAGGUUCCCAUCUCUUGAAACAAUGUACUAUUAAUCUAACUAACAAUACAUAUGUGAAUUAAUGAGAGAAAAGAAAUGAUUUCAAAUGCCAGAACAAUACUCUAAAGAACAGCGACUAUUCAUUUGUAAGAAGUAUUAAAAGAAUUCAUAAAUAACGUCUGAUUAAUAAAAUUAACAUACAGCGUUAGCUUUUCCCUUCUGCAAGCAGAUUUUCAUCCCGUCAUCACUCCUCAAAGUCUCUAGUCCUUGUAUAAUGAUUUUAAUGAGAGUACAGCUCUACUGAGACAGCAUUCUCUGGUCUGAAGUUACCUGUCAUCGGCAUUGAUAAUUCCCAAUGGUUGUACCAAGAGUAUUGCAGAAAAAAACAUCAUGCAAUUCAACAUCAAUCAAGCAUUGGGUUGUGACAUUCUCUUAUACAUCAUUCAGUCUGACUUCAUCCAAAGUUAAACAGAGCACUUCUGAAUUUCCUAAAGUUAUACAGUAUGAGAUUUUUGAUAGUCCAGUUUGAUCAAAAUUGCAACAAAUCCAAAUUUUAAUAAAAUAUUUAUUUUAUUGAUAUACAUGCUCACAAACUAAAGUGAAAGGGUACUAUCCGGGCCCUAAGACUCAUCAUUAAUUAAAGGAAGAGGCAUAUAUUUUCAUCGUGAUAAUUAAAGGGAAAUAAAAAAAUUCACACAAUUUUAGACAUAAAAUGGUUAAACUGGGUCCUACCCACUUGAAUUUCUCUCUCCACUUUCGUCGAAUUUGGAGAAACCUUUUUGAGUGCUUGAAGUUAUGCCAUUGACGGUUUAGAAAGUUAUCCGAGCCAUUCUAGUAAGUAAUUAAGUUUGAGGUAUACACAAAUACAGUUAGAGAUUAUCAUACAUAGCAGCAUAUGGAAUGGGUUUAAUAAUUUUGGUCACAAGGUACCUGCACAUGCCAGUUAUUCCAAGAAUCUGGUCUCUGUUACCGUACACUACAAUGAAAAUUUGAAGCCGAUUAGGUGAGCCGUUCUGAAGCGACAUGCACUCGAAAAGUAGGAGGAAGAAAAAGUAUAGGGCAAAUUCUUACAAGUCCCCCUUGGGGGAUGCCUAAUAAAAGGAGUAUUGAGCCUCGUCUUCAGGGAGUGUACCACUGAGAAGGCUUAGCAACUGUCCCUGCUCUAAACGUGUACUGGAAACUGCUUAGCGACAAACAAAUAGACAGACUAGAGACCCGACAUGACUACUGGACCUCAUAUUUAGAUGACGAACUACGCAGACCUGCAAACACACACAAUCUCUUCUACUCUCUAUUAGCUCCUGACCCAAUUCCUAUAUACAAAUAACCAUGCUAAAAUCUUGACUCGCUAACCUGUAACUCACAGGUAUGGACCUUUAAUAAUGCCCUUGUACCAUGCGAUUCACGCUUUGUCGCCCCCCUUUCGCCCCCCUUCCCCCCUCCAGUCCCCUAGUUGCGCACUACCUCCUUAAUCACCAUCAGCUCAGCUACUGGGUUAAGCCCUGGUUCUUUCCCUCUACAAUAACCCUUCCUCUAACCAACCUAUUCUUCCUCUAUCCCCACUUCCCCACUCACCCCUUCUUGGGGUUUUACCUAGAAUCUAUCUAGCAACUGGGAAGCUCCACUUCACACAAAAAUAGAGCUCUGCUCUAUACCUUUGUAUCUCUAUUGUAAUUAAUGACCUGUAUCUUAACCAUAUCUAUUCAUUCACUUUACAAAACAGAAGAUCAUUAAAUAGUUUGGAAUAAUAAGUCGUAGUUUUGAAAUUGUGCCAUUUUUUCAUUAGGUGCUUUUCUUACUGUACAUAUAUAAGAACUACUCCUUAAUAGUCUACGUCUAAAUAUUAAGUCUUUAAGCAUUAGGAUUAGUUUGCCCGAAAUGUAUUGUAUAUUAGUGGUUUUCUUUUAAGUAAACUACACUAUUUGUAUCACAUAAAUGAAUAAAAGUUGUAUUGUAGGCUGUCAAACUAUUAAUGUUGCCCAUUUGUUUACAUCAAAUUAAUUUCGAUAUUUUCAAAGAGUGGUUGCAAUAUUAAAUUAUUUUGUACUGUGAGGGUGAUUGUGGAAUAACGUAAUUAUGAUACUCAAUAAGCUACAUUAGCGUCGUCAUGGGGACAGUAAAUAUUUUCUUUAUCUAUUUUUUUGAGAAUUUUAUUCAUUUGGAAAGAAUGAUUAUAUAGUGGCAAGACGCUUUAGUGUUCACACUACGGUUUUUGGUUGAAAAAUUUAGUCAUUAUAAGGUAAGGUUAGAGAAAUGUUUAGGAUUUUUGUAAUAUUGAAUAGAAUCUGUUUUGAGAAGAAAACAAUUUUAUUAUUCUUAUACGAUUAGCUAAUACUUAUAUAUAUUUAAGGUGUUAAAAAUAGUUCUGUUAUAUAAUUAACGGUUAGGGAUCUAGUAAUUAACCCUCAGUGUUAUUUAGGAAGUUUUGUGUAACUUAGUAUGUAGGAAUGUAGCAGAAGACUAUUUUGCCUCAGUAUGUAUGUAGCCAUGGGAAGAGGUGGAUGUGUUGCAUCUCAUUCUUAACAAGUACCAUUACCUCAGCUUGGGACUCAGCUGUAAGAGCAUGGUUGAGCCCUAGAGGAUUAAAAAGGUCAUGUGUAUAACUGGGAAAGAGACUGGAACAUUCUUGAAGUUAAAAGCGGAGAAAUGGAUAUGUGAUCUCUGUAGUGGUGUAAGGCAAGAGGGAAUUUUGUUAUUCUAACCUUGGGUGUCAAACUGUAUACGUAUAUAGGCACAAAUUACAAGUGUGAUUGCUCUGUAUGAGUUGUGUUCUUGUUGAUUCGCCGGUAUUCUCCCGGCCUGGGCCUUUUCCAAGCGGUGGCCCAGACUUUGCUCCCUCUUUAGGGAGUGUCUGAGACCUAAGUCUCCCAUGGGACGAGGCACAAAUACCCCACAUUCCCCACCCUCACGGGGCUCGUAGGGAGAAGCUAGGUCUCUCUGGUCUGCCAUCCCCGCCCCAAGGGGGCUAAUGAGAAUGACAGUCUUGUGAGCUGCAAGCUCUGGCUCAGGCACCUACCCUACCCUAGAAGGGCUGGGCAUGGUGUCGAUAUCGGGUUGUGUUUCUCAUAGAGUAGUUAUAUUUAUGGUUUUUGGAUAAUGUAGAGGAAAUAACAAUGUUAUAAUUUUUGUGGUAAAUACAGUGUACUUAA